AUGACGUCUUGCUCAGAGAUUUGUGGGUCGGAGUAUGGUGAGCAAGCCCAAGCCAGCAAGAACUACCAGCAGUAUGGAGUCCGCUCCUACCUACACCAGUUUUAUGAGGAGUGCACAGCUUCUAUCUGGGAACGUGAUGAAGAUUUUCAGAUUCAGAGAUCGCCUAGCAGGUGGAGCUCUUUACUCUGGAAGGUCUGUCUCGCGUUUGGAGCCCUGAUCUUGUUUGCAGGACUUAUUGUCAUCAUGGUGGGUUACGCUACUCCAGCCAGGAUCGAAGCAUUUGGCGAAGAUGAUCUACUUUUUGUUGACAGCCACGCUGUCAGUUUCAACAGUGCACUAGAUGUUUGUAAGUUGACUGGUGCUGUGCUGUUCUGUGUGGGAGGCACCUCCAUGGCUGUGGGUCUCCUGCUGUCUGCCUUUGCCAAAAGCUACUCCAAAGAGGAAUUGUAUCUGCAGCAGAAGUUUAAGGAGAGGUUGGCAGAUCUGCAUGCAACAGUUGGUACCCCCAUAAUGAGAGCACCAACCCCUGGGGAGGGAAAGGUGCCAGUCACACUCUCCAAAGUCCAGAGUAUCCAGCCAGUGACCACAAAGUCGGAGACCUGA